AUGCGAUGCCGUCAGAUGCUUGGUUUAUUUGUCUUGGUGCAACGCUCACUGUCAACCGCAAGUCUCCAGGCAUCCAAUCAGAUAACCAGGGCCCAGCCUUGCAAGACUCCCCGCCAACCUGAUCUUAGCAUCAAUGGCCGAGGGAAGCGCGGUCUUGCCUACAACGCCGCUGAGCUGGUCGACUACUUUUUCACGGGUGGUCACACGUGUACAUCAUGUGGCUGGGCCUAUAAUUGGGACUCGUUAGAUAACGGGCUCACGGAAUGGGGCCUUGAAUUUGUCCCAAUGCUGUGGAGCCCAAUGGAAGACCACACCCGCCGGUGGAAGCUGAAUGUGGAGGAGAUGAUCGGGAAAGGGUCUACUCACGUUCUUAGCUUCAACGAAUGUGACAUUGUCUCCCAGUGCAACACAAGUCCUGCGGAAGCCGCGGAGGCGCAUGUUGAGCACAUGAACUCUCUUGCUGCUCGGGUCCGAAUCGGGUCACCAGCGGUCUCCAACAGCAAUAUCAAAGGCGAAGGCCUUGACUGGCUUCAAACCUGGGUGGACGUCUGCAAGGGAAAGGGGUGCGCGUACGACUUUUGCACGGUCCAUUGGUACUCUCCCUUAGAAAACACAGCCGAUCUAUUUGAGCACAUCAAGCAGGCUGCUGCUAUUUGCAACAACAAGCCUAUCUGGUUGACAGAGUUCUCUGCGUUGCCACUGGACCAAGAUGGCAUGGAAGCUUCAGAGUGGCUUGGGGCUCAACUGCCAAAGCUAGAUUCUCUUCGCCAUCUCGAGAGAUACGCCUUUUUUAUGGUCCAAGAUGGGAGGCUUACCCAGCCCGGACGCUUGAACAGCGCUGGGGAAGUGUACGCGGAGACAAUCGGUUUCUUUCAUGCCCUCGCGGCGCAGUACUAUAUCUAG